CAUAAAGAGUUGCCUUGAGCAUGCGGGAAGCAGGUCGGUAGGUGGUGGUAUGGAGCCUGAUGGGGACCAAGACACAGAUGACCUUCCGCUUCGAGCAAACGCCAACCAAAUACGAGUGAGACACUAUGUGCUGGACCUGACAGUACAGCUUCACAACAAGGUUAUCGCUGGUAGCAUAGCUUUAUUCCUGGAACCUGUUGUAGAAGCUACAGAUGGAGCUGGAGUCGGGUUGCGACAGACUGACAUGGCCAGGUCACCGUGCGAAGGAUACAUGGAUUCAUCUGAGGCUUUGGUGUCCGGAGAAAGCACGGUGAAUGAAUCAGCGUCUAUGUCCAACUGCGGCACAAGGGCUGGACCAAUACCAGAAACCAGCCCUUUAUCUGUAGGAACAUCACUGGAAAGCACGAGCGAUGAUGGGGACUUCACUCUGGUGCUGGACUGCUGUGAUCUCGACAUAUUGCAAGUGGAGGAGUUGGACGUCACCUCCGUGCCUUCCAUGUCCAACCUUUUAGAGGAGGUCAGAGACCGUCACCCUCGAGACCGCUCGGCGGCCAUGCUUCAGAGACUGGUCUCCAUGCCUUCUGCUCAUUGGAGACGACAGCACCAGCUGUUCUCAGAGUGCAGUGGUGCCCCCGGUAAUCCAGAAGCAGGCCCAGUGGAGUUCCACACGGACCGUUGGAGCCUGCGGGUGAAGAAGAGGGGCAUUACCAGCCCGGUCAAUUUCCCACGGGGCCUGAGAGUCUCUUAUGAGACCAGACCAGCGGGUCGCUCCAUCAGGUGGACCCAAGACCAGGAUAAGAGGGUUUGUGUUUAUACUGCAGGCUCCCCCAUCAACAAUAGAGCCCUCUUCCCCUGCCAAGAGCCGCCUGUUGCCAUGUCAACAUGGCAGGCUAGAGUCCGGGCCCCUGGCGAGUGUGUGGUUUUGAUGAGUGGGGAGAACGUAGCCCUCCCCAUUAAGGAUGGGGAGACAGGCCUCCUAAUCUGGGACUACUACGUCACAAUGCCCAUGCCUGCCUCCACCUUUACUUUGGCGGUGGGCUGCUGGCGUAGAGCCAUAGCAGAACCUCACACCGCCUCCUGGAGUGCGGGCGAGGCUCCAGUGAGUGAGUACAGCGGAGUACCGGCCAACACCGAUGCCGAGCCCAGGGCAGGAUCCCAGACCGGGCCCAUGUCUAGACCUGGAAGCUCAACCAGUGGCGUGCCAACUGGCCGUUCAUCCUCUCCGUCCGAGACUGGCCCUGAGAGCGGGCGCCACACUGGAACGUGUCACUCAGCCGCGGUCGAUGGCGGUGUCAGCUGUUCCCAUAGCGACUACCCUUGCCGUUUCAACGAACGGUCAGCUUGGACUCAACGGGUGGUCCCGCAUCGCGUGUUUGCCCCCGCCUGUCUGCUGCAGAAAGCCAGGCUGGGGGUCCUUGCUUUGCUGCCGCAGUGCUUGGCUGCAGCUCACGCGGUCCUGGGGGUCCACCCCUUCCCACGUCUGGACGUCCUCAUCGUCCCUGAAGGGUUCUCUAGCCUGGGCAUGGCCAGCCCCCAUAUCAUAUUCCUGUCUCAGAGCGUGCUGGACGUGGCCGGGGCCGACCCGGCCGGCGGAGUCGCGGACCGGUCUGUCUUGGGGUCCCGGCUGUGCCAUGAGCUGGCUCACUCCUGGUUUGGCCUGGCUAUAGGGGCCAGGGACUGGACCGAGGAGUGGAUAAGCGAGGGCUUCGCCACGUACCUAGAGGACGUGAUCUGGGCCAAGGCUCAGGAGCUCCUUCCUGUAGAGAUGGAGGAGCAGGCUCAGUUGAAGGCCUUGCUGAGGUGGAGAAGGCUGUCUGAUGAGCUGCAGCACUCUCAGGAAGAGCUUCAGAUCCUCAGGCCCAACAUGGAGAAGACGGGGGAGGUCAGCGACUGUGGCGCCUCGCUUGUCAAACACGCUCUGAACCCCGACAAGACCUUCAUGCAGGUGCACUACCUCAAGGGCUACUUCCUGCUCACGUUCCUGGCCAGUGAGGUGGGGGAAUGCCAACUCAUCCACUUCUUCCGACAGUUUGUGAUGAAAUAUCACGGGCAGCUCAUUCUCUCCCAGGAUUUCUUGCAAAUGCUGCUGGAUACCUUCCCCGACAUGUUGAAGAGAGGCCUCACCCUCACUGCUAUUUAUGCUGACUGGAUGGAUCGACCGGGAAUUCCGAAGUGGCUGUGUGAAAGGAGUUCUGUGUGGUCACAGGCGCGGCAGGCGAAAGAAGUCAAAGCAGAGGUUGUAAAAUGGACUCUCCCGGAUCAGGGGAGGAAGGGGAGGGGCCGGAAACGCAGGAGGGGCGAGCCCAAGGUGAACUACAGAGAGCUGACGUCAGACAGGCUGGUGUUGCUGCUGGAGCUGCUGCUGGAGGAGGAGGUGCUGAGCAGCUCCACCCUGCGAUCUCUGAACACCACCUACCACCUUCACACGCAGGACGCUGAGGUGAGGCAUCGCUGGUGUGAACUGGUGGUGAAACACGGGCAUUCCCAGGCUUACCAAGAUGUCCAACACUUCCUGGUUCACGACCAGGCCAUGGGAGUUUAUCUGUAUGGGGAGCUGAUGGUGCAGGAGAAGGCAGAUCAGCAGGCUCUCGCCCGCCGCUGUCUCUCAUUGGUUCAGGAGGAGAUGGACCAAUCAGCACGCAGAGUUGUGGAGGAGAUGAUCCUAUGACGUCUCAGGUUCAUGGCACCAGCUUGGCGCUCAGAGGUCAUAGAUGCCAUGGCUCCAAGAAUUCUCACAGCCGUGACACCGUCGUCUCCCAACAAUGGCGGUCGAUGGGGAAGGCCAGCUGGUCGAGCACACAGGAUAGCUGUCCGUUAAUGUCCUUAUGAAAGAGCUACUGUGCCAGCGUGUGUGACAGCAUUGCCGUAUCCUGAUAAUGAUCAACCACCCUGCAACGUGAAGUAAAAUUACCUCCAUUGUUUCCUGCCCUGAACUUCUGUUCAACCCCUGUGAAUGGACGGUUGUUUGCUUUGGUCUGAGACAGAAGUUAUCCAUGUCUGUGUGCAUAAAGAAUGUAAACAAGGAAAGGAUUACAGAGAUGAACAGAUAUUUCCAUCUACCUCUAACUCCCUCUGGGCCGCUGUAUGUGUAUGUGUUCAGUCUGAGGUCACAAUCCGGUUUUAAAGUUUAGACUGAAAAUACUAUCAGGUGAGUCAUGUUUUUAUACACAAUAGCUGACCCAUGUGUGCGUCUGUCAUCUUUACCUACCAAAUAUACCAGAGAUGAGAUGGCCAUUGUAAAUGGUAUUUUUGUAUUCACAAUUCAUGUUUUCACAAUGUAAAGACAUUACUGUUUGUAUGCAUUGUGCAUUUUUUAUGUCAAGUAGAACAAUAAAAACAUAUCUGCUUCAAAGUUAAA